ACCUUGUUGGAUGCCGGGUGCAAGAUAAUGCCACAUUGCCUACUCGCGAUCUAUUUGUUCCUUCGAUCACUUUAAUCAACAAACGGCUCAUGUGCUAUUUAAAAAUAGGUAACGUUGAAAAUGCGUGGGGAUGAUAUAAAAGUAGUGGGGUUUGGGCCGGAGACAGCUGAGACCGGCGCCUCUGACGUUUCUACGACCUUGUUUCGUCCUUCCCAUUUGAGUGUUGUGGUAGUGAUAGUGCCCGAUGGCCCAUUCAUUCACGAAACACUUGAUUUGGGACUAGGCAAAUAUAUGUCAACUUGGGCAAAGACUACCUACACAGAAGAAAAACUUAUUAAAUGAACACUGGUCCAGAAAAGUGUGGCUUGAGUUCGUUGCUACCAAUGUCCUGUCGUGAACGCGCUGAGGCUUUUGCACGUCAUUUACAUUCUCGUUUAACGUCUCUGGAAUCUGAAGAUGGACACGACAAAAGCGAAAACAGUUGGUUAACAGCUCGCGAAAAUUCCCUCACUGUUUCUCAACCUAAACACGAAUUUAAUUCCGAAAAUAAUUUAUAUUUGGAAAUUGAGUCUCCACAAAGCCCCAACGAAGAAUUAGAUAGAACAGAAAUUGAAAAAAUUAUUAACAAGGAGAAUCUGUACUACAACUCAAAUUGGCAAUGUUCCACUUUUAAAGAAAAUAGUCUGGUAGACAAUACACAAACUGAUAACGAUAGUGAUGGAUCUUUUUAUGACAGUGUAACUGAUCUAAAUCCACCAAACGAAUACGACCCAACUAGUUUGCCACUAAAUGGUAAAAAAAAUGAGUUUGUUAACGGUAGGGAAAGUUGUUCGGCUGUACUCCAGGAGGAAAAUAUAGACUGUCAAGCACUUGAUAACACUGAAUUAGAUAAAGUAGUUGAUAUUAAUUGGAAUCCGUCGUCAAAAUUAUGUGAGACUGAAUCUCUAGCUAAUAAAAAUGUUUCGUUUAAAGAAAAUUCUUCUAAGAUACCAUUACUAGUAACGCCAAGUGAAUCAAUUCAAUCUGUAUUAAAUGACCAAAAGGACGAUGACAUCGAAACAGAAGAGGAAACUCCACGUGUAAGGAGAUGUUCCUCUUUAAAAACAGGAAAAACCCCACCUGGUACUCCUUACCGAAAAAAAAUUGUACGUUUCGCGGACGUCUUAGGACUCGAUUUGGCUGAUAUUCGAACUUUUCUUGAUGAAAUCCCAAAAAUCCCAAAUUCUGCUUACAAUGAUUUACAAGAUGUGGAUAUCAAAUUGGCUCCUUUACCUUCCCCACUUAGUCUUUCUCCUAAUAUUGUAGAAAAAAUACUGAUUCCGUUGUUCCAACAACCCGGGAUAUUGCCUGAUUUUGUAGACCGUCUUAGAGAAAAUCAAGUCUGUUUAGAUAGUGCUGUCGUCCAAGACCCUAUAGCUCUCUCCAUCACUGGAAUAGUUAGAGUAAAAAAUUUAGAUUUUCACAAAUCGGUACAUAUCAGAUAUACUUUAGAUUCCUGGCAGAGUUUUGCGGAUGUUCCGGCAGUAUAUGUGGAAAAUUCGUGUGAUGGGUUUUCAGAUAAAUUUUCAUUUCUUUUUUACGCACAUAAUUUGUCUGUGGGAAAAACUUUAGAAUUUGCAGUUCGAUUUCAGUGCAAGGGGUGCCAAUAUUGGGACAACAAUUAUGGAAAAAAUUAUUGCUUUCAGUGUUUGCAAGCUACAAAUUGUGCCUCUAAUGCACCGAUUACAACAUGUACGGACGAGUGGUCCACUGAUUUUUAUUAGUAAGUGUUUAAUUUUUUUUUGUAACUAUCGAAGCAAUAAUUAAGUGUCAUAGUUACAAGUAUUUUCGUGAAUUUUUGUAAUAACAAAUAAGUAUUGAUAAGUAUUGAUUACUGCAUUAGAGGCAUACAACACAUAAUUAUUGUCAUUAAUGGUUAUUUAGCAAAUAGUGCACAGUAUUUACAAAUAAAAAAGGUACUAAAGCAUAUUAUAAAAUGUGAAAUAGUUCUAAAUGAUGCGGACGUUAGUGUACCUCGAAUUUGGUGAAGCAUCGCAGUAAAAAAAUUGGAAUUUUCUUAUGUGUAAAUUGAGCAGAAAGCAGAAUUUCCGGAGAUUUUUUGCAAUUUAAUCAAAUAACUUUGAAAAAAAUGCUAAGUGACUUUUGUGGCUCAUUUGACUCUAACCGUCCACAUCAUUUUAAAAUCAACAUUGAUGGGGUUUUUAUAUUAAGAUUUAAAUUUACAUGAUAGCCCUCUCAGAUAUAUACAAAUUUUUAUUUUUUUACACAUGUAUGGGCCUUAUGUUGGUAAUUUUUUUUGUAAAACUGUUUGAUGUAUGUACAAGUUAUGUUUGUGAAUAUUUUAAUAAAUAUACCUAUCGUAGUUUUAUUAUCAUGUAAAUAUCAGAAUGUGAAAUAAAAGAUUUUAAUUCUUUAA